AUGGCAGCCAAGGCAGGCAAGGACGUGACAGAUGUUUCCCUGUCACUAAAGAAGACCACGAAGUGUGGGAAUACAGAUUACACAAUGUGUAUCAUAUGCCAAGAACAGUCUGCCGAAAAAAAUUCUCAGAGUUCAGCCCACCUCCAAGGUAAAGCUCAUUGAAGCCAUGGAAGCUCGAGAAGACAGCACCUUCACAAGGCUGGAAAAAGACACUGCUGAAGAGACAUGGCUAGAAGACAAGGCACCCAAAUGGCAUGCUAGAUGCAGGAACUGGUACCUGAAUAAGAAGAGCUACCAACUGGCCAAAAAGAAGCAUCUUGCAGGUUGGAAGUGUGCAACAGAACGUGUACAACAUUGCCUUCAAUCAACUUGUGGAACAACUUGAACCUUUGCUGUUCAAAGAGAUGUCUGGCUUCCUGGUGACAACUCUGAGGGAUCAGUACAGGAAACAUCUCCAUGAGCAUGGAGUGAAAACUGCAGACAAAUACCGAGCCAUCACUCUGAAGUGGAAGCUGGAACAGAAGUUCAGCAGAAGAAUUUCCAUUAUCAACCAAACCAGUGGAUCAGGCUUCAUCUGUGCAUCAACAGUCCCACUGGGUGAUGCCCUUGAGAAGCUAAGACAACUAGAGGCAGCCCAGUAUGUAGAUGAGAAACAACGUACACUGUAUCAAGCUGCAAAGAUUCUGUGGGCAGAUUCCCAGCUCUGUAAACAGCACACUUGUGAGAAACCAGCAAUAGACAUUUCCUUCACAGCAGCCAGCACCCUGGUUCCUGAUUCACUGUUCAACUUCACAAGCUCGCUACUCUGUGACAAAGGGCCAGAACUAGCUGAAAGUGGAAGAGCACAAGUUGAUCAGUCGACAGCAGAGAAAGCCCUCAUCAUGUCUCAGCAAAUGUUGCAGCAUGUAUCUGGCAUCCCUACCCCUCUGGGCACAGCCAAUGCCUACCACCUGUACAACCAGACACGGAGCAAGUCCUUGAUCAAGCUUAGCAACAGGGUGGGACAAGGGAUCAGCUAUGAUCGUCUGCAACGUCAGCUCACUGCACAGGGUGCUAGGAUCAUGCAGCAGGUGGAAGAGGAUGGUGUAUUUGUUCCAGAGAACAUGACACAUGCAUCUAGGACUCCCCAUGUGUUUGCCACAGACAAUCUGGAUUGGAAGAUGACGACAUUAGAAGGUGGCAGCUUCCAUGCUACUACAGCUAUCAUAAUUGAAAAUCCAGUCAGUGAAAGCAGAGAGCCACGUGGUCUAUGUGUACCCACUUCUGGGACACAGAGGGCACUGCAUGACAUUCCUGAUGCACCUACCACAGUCUGUCACAUCUCUGCCAAAGACAGGCAGAAGUCAAGGUCACUGGUCCAGAUCACAAGUGUGGAUGAUCUGAUGACUGAAUCUGAUGGGAGUACAGAAGAUAUACUACUGGUAUGGAGGCUAGGCAGAACAGUGACAACAUCACAGCUCCUAGAUAUCCCUUAUGAAGGAGAAGGACGAUUACCAGGAUUUUCUGCAUUCUGUGCAGAGAUCCAUCCACAUCGGGAAGCCAGCACCAUUGCAUACCUGCCUCUUAUCCCGGCACCCCAACAGAUGCUGCUGUUCUCAAGGAUGAGAUGACGCGCUUAGUCAAAACAGCACAUGCACUUGGUGACAAGCAGACCAUCAUCACUGGAGACCAGGCCACAUACGAGUUGGCAACGGCCAUCAGGGAUAAACACCGAGAUGAGUUUGGUGAUAUCAUAUUGCUACUAGGAGGGUUCCACCAAGCCCACAACUACCGUAGAGCAAUUUGCAAGAUCACAAGAGAUGCAGGUGCUGAGGAUCUUCUUGUCACAGCUGGUCUGUGCCAGGAGGGGACUGCAAGAACGAUGUUUGGGGAGAAAGGUGACUGCUACCAAUCCCUGCAUGCUCUCCGGGUACUCAGUGAGGCUAUGUGGUGCCUUUUCUGGGAGGCAUUUGAGGCAUGGGUCCUAGCAGGCCAGGAAACACAACAGUGGCAGGCCAAGGUAGAAGCUGUACUGAAGGAAGACCUAUCUGUUCCAUCCGUGCAGGCCCACCUACUGUGCUGUCGGAAGAUGUGGAAGAUGGCCCAUUCCGCCCUUCUCCAGAUGAGAGACUGGACUCUACGCCAUGCAGAUCAACAUCGUACCCUGGCGCCUCAGUCCAGAUCGGGCCAGAAGGUGUGGUUAUCAGCCAAGGAUGUCCCUCUGCAGACAGAUUCUUGGA